UAGCAGUUGAUACACUGUUGGCGCUUCUAAAAACAUGGCGGAAAAGUGAGAACGCGCAGAUCAAAGGUGUCGACAGAGAGUGCCCCUACUGCAUGUGGACCAGGUGUUAGCAGCGCCAAAGUAGAAAGUGCCUGAACUAUAUGUAUCGUUCCUCCUUGACGGGAUUGCAACCAUCGCAGGCUGCAAGACACGUGAGUCGGUGCGAGCCAGGGUCGUCAAGGUCGCUUCACGUAUCGACUUGAAGAGUCGACGAAGAAGACACGAAGAAAAAGAAUUAAACUUUUCAGAUUAACACAUUACGGGCAUGGGAAAACUCAAAAGUUUUUGUAAAUUGUCACGCAGUCAACAAAAUCGCCGACUGAAGUAAAUAUAGACAUCAGAAAAUUUCAGAAAGGAAAAUAUUUCUAUAUUGAAACAAGUUGAAAUAAAUUUAUUACCUACCGAAAAAGAAUGUGAUAAUUUUUCUUGUUUUGAGACAGAAAAUAAUUUAGUUUUGUGGGAUUUGUCUGUACCCAACAUUGCUGAUGAAAUAAAUAUAACAGACAAUUUAACAUUUUGUGAUAAAUAGUAUUUUACACCAAAUUGCAGUGAAGGCAUAUCUCUAGAGAAAAGCUAAUUGUAUAGGCAGAUAAACAUAAAGUUCAACAUGAAAGUUCAAACUGUAACAUCUCUACUUAAAAUAUUAAAAAAUAAAGGCCAUGAUGAUCUUUCUAAUGAUGGAAGAACAUUAAUGAAAGCUCUACGUUACACAACAAUUUAUCAGAUAUCAGAUGGCAAUUACUAUCAUUACGGGUUAGAAAAUGGAAUUAUCGAAGUACUAUGCUGGUUACAAAACUCAAUAAUAAAUAAUCCCAUUAUUAUUAAUGUUAACAUUGAUGGUCUUCCUAUCGCUAAAAGUUCAAACAGUCAAUUGUGGCCUAUUUUAGCUCAAGUUGUUCUCAAGGAAUCUGCAUCCACUUUUAUUGUUGGUGCUUACCAUGGAUGCAAGAAACCUAUCACUGAUCAUUUUUUGCAACAUUUUGUUACAGAGUUCAAACAAUUAAAUACAACUGGAUUUACAUUUAAAAAUAAUGUGUACAAGUUGAAAUUAGAGCAAUCAUAUGUGACAGCCCUGCACGAUCAUUUGUUACGUGCAUAAAAGGUCAUAAUGGUUACUUUGGUUGUAGUAAAUGUACUGUGGAGGGUGAUCAUGAAAAUCAUCGAAUGCUUUUUCUUGAAAAUAGCUGUUCUUUGCGAACAGAUGAAACGUUUAAAUAUCGACAAAAUGCAGAACAUUACACUGGUGUGUCCUUGUUAGAACAAUUACCUUUACCAAUGGUCACAACUUUUCCACUUGGCUACAUGCAUUUAGUUUGUCUUGGUCAAAUGAAAAAGUUACUAUGUUUAUGGUUGAAAGGUCCUAUUUGCACUGAGGCUCGAGUAUCUGGUAAACAAAUAAAAGAUUUAACCUCGGAUCUAGUUUCACUAAAGACAUAUGUUUGCUCUGAAUUUGUUAGAGUACCUAAGAAUUUUGAGGAAGUGGGUAAAUAGAAAGCUACAGAAUUCAGAAUCUUUUUAUUAUACCUUCCCAGUCAGAAAUGACUCGAAAACCGAUGUCGAAACGAUAUCGAUUCGAUAUCGUUUCGACGUCGGUUUUCGAGUCAUUUCUAACUGGGUUAGUCCUGUUUUACUGCAUAAGUUUCUUCCAUCUACUUAUUUCAAACAUUUUCUUACGUUUCAUUGUGCAAUUCGAAUAUUAUGCCAUCCUCACGAUUAUUUAAGAAAAAAUAAAUAUACACAAGAGCUGUUGCUUUAUGUCGUUCAGAACUAUUCUGUUCUUUAUGGUAAAGAAAAUGUGAUUUAAACAGUAUAUAAUUUGAUCCAUUUGAGUGAUGAUGCAAAGAGGUUUUGGCCUUUAGAUAGUUUUAGUGCGUUUCCUUUCGAAAACCAUUUGCAUACCGUAAAAAAAUUAUUAAGAAAGCAUGACAAACCUUGCAACAAAUACAUCGAAGAAUAAUGGAAAAAAAUGCAGCAAAUAAAUUUCGAACAUGUAUAGAUUCUGUCCUAUAUCCACUUCUAAUAUUAAGAAAUAAGAAAAAAAUCUCAUUUCAAUGUUCUGAAAGUUAUGAUACAUUACAGUUUCGUAACUUUAAAUUAUCAUGUUGUAAAGCAGCAGAUUGUUUUUGAUUUUAAAAUAUAAUAAAGUUGUUAAAAUACACUAUAUUGGUUUGCAAAAUGGAAAUCCAGUUAUCAUUGGUUAAGAAUAUAUCAACUAUUUUCGUUAUCCUUGUGAUUCGAGACAUAUAAAUGUUUUUGUUGUUACUGAUAAUUUAACUACGUUGAAAUGUUUUCCUGCUACUGAAAUUUCAAGAAAAGCUAUAUUGCUGCCAUGGGAAGGGGGCAACUUUGUGUUUUUCCACUACUACAUUCUGAUAUAUGUAUAUGAAGAUGUAUAGUGUGGUUGUUGAUCAAGACUGGUGCUCUGUUGCUCCAGAAUCAUGGGUUGAUUAUGAAAAAAAACAUGUAGGAUGGCCAACAAAUCAUGCAAAUGUUUCCAAAGCAGUAUAAAAACGAUUGACUCCAGACACGUCCUGAAAGAGUAUAUCUGUGAAAUAUAUUUUAGGACCGAACGAAACAUGAAAUUGCUCGAAAAAUUGAAAAAGAUGCACAGUUCUUAUCAUCUGACGAAGCUCAAAUUAAUGCUCUUUCAAAUACAAAAAUUCAUGAUAUUCCAUUAAAACGACCAAGAAGACGAAAUAUUGUAUAAUAUAUUCUUCUCAAGAGGAGUCAAGCCCAGAAGUCAAGCAUGGAAAACGUUCAAAAAUUAUAGCAAGUCCUCCGACCUUAAAUAUUAAUUAUGAAGAAGAUAGUACAGAUAAAGAGAAUAGAACAUCAAAAUCUGCUAUCAACUAUACAAUAAUGUUACCGGAACCGAAAAAUACACAGACGAAAUACUCCGAAACAGAAAUAGCUUCAGGAUCAGAAGUAUCAUAUAACAAUAAUAAUUUAGUGUCGCCGAGUACUUUGGAUUCACAGCCGUUAAAUUAUGACGAUUAUUUUUUGGAGAAUGAAGACUUGUUGCAAGAAAAGGAAAUAAAUGAAACUUGUUUUCGACAAUCGGACAUAAAGCCGAAAAAAUUAGUUUCUACAGUUAAAGAUGUUGAAUAUAAUUCUGGAUAUAAUGUAAAAAUUGUAAAAGGAGAUAAAACAGAAGAUUCUAUUGCAGUGAGAACUCAUACUGACUUACAAAUGCAGAAUGAAACAAAAAAGGAUAAAAAGACUGAAUACAAGAAAAUGACUAAAGACAAGGAAACGACAAGCAAAGUUGCAGGCGAAAUAUUCACAGUUGAAAGAUACUUAAUAAAUAAAUCGAAAAUUGGACACAAUCUUAACAGUGUACACAUCGCUCAUCGCAAUACCUUGCGCGUAAUAACCGCUGAGCUCUAG